UGGCCUCUUCCUCCAGCUCUCUCUCUAACCCUUAACAAAGCUCAGCGCUAAUUGAAAACCCAUUUUUCUAUAUUUCUCAUCAUCGUCUUCCUCCUCCGCCAUGGAUUCAAUCGAAGCGCUGGUGGUCCACAUCCAAGCCCUCUCGAGUAAUCCUCAGGAUAUCUCUCAUCUUCACCCUCUCCUGAAGCAAUCCGACGACUCUCUCAAGUCUCAGGCCCCUCGCCUCGCUCCCUUCUUCGAUCGCCUCGACCCCAAGAAUGCAGCUCUCUUCGGGCUCUUUCUAUUGGACGCAUUCUCAAGUAGACCAAUUAUAAGAGAACAAGCUAGCGGUUUCCUCGUGAUUGUCGUCAACUUUAUCAAUUCAUGCUCAGAAGAGCAGAUUCGGUUGGCACCUGAGAAAUUUAUAUCCAUCUGCAGGAGGUUCAAGGAUCAAAUAAUGCAGCUUCAAGCGCCAAUGAGGGGAGUAGCCCCCUUGCGGACUGCCAUCCGUAAGCUUCGGCCUUCUUCUGAGCAUUUGACAGCUCUACAUGCUGACUUUUUGCUUCUAUGUAUUCUAUCAAAGCGCUACAAAGCGGCACAAAGCAUCCUAGAUGAACGUGUAUUUGAGUUUGAUCUUCCAAGAGAUCUAUUUCUCUAUUGUUACUACGGGGGCAUGAUAAAUAUUGGACUGAAGCGGUAUGACAAAGCUUUAGAGUGUCUUCAUAACGUUAUCACUGCUCCAAUGUCCACUUUAAACGCAAUAGCUGUUGAAGCAUACAAGAAGUAUAUUUUGGUUUCACUAAUUCACAAUGGGCAGGUUCCACCAUUUCCAAAGUAUAUAUCUUCAGCUGCUCAGAGAAAUCUGAAAAACUAUACUCAGCCCUAUGUUGAUUUGGCAAGUUCAUAUGCCAGUGGGAAGGUCUCUGAACUUGAAACCUCUAUUGAGGCAAAUUUGGAGAAAUUUCAAUCUGAUAACAAUCUUGGGUUAGUGAAACAAGCACUGUCAUCCCUCUACAAGCGCAACAUUCAAAGACUAACCCAAACCUACUUGACCCUGUCACUUCAAGAUAUAGCCAGUACUGUGCAACUAAAUACUGCUAAGGAUGCUGAAAUGCAUGUGCUUCGGAUGAUUCAAGAUGGGGAGAUCUUUGCCACAAUAAAUCAAAAAGAUGGAAUGGUCAGUUUUCAUGAGGAUCCUGAACAAUAUAAAAGUUGUGAGAUGAUAGAGCACAUUGACUCAUCUAUCCAGAGACUGAUGACAUUGUCAAAGAAGCUGCAUACAAUAGAUGAACAAAUCUCUUGUGAUCCUGCAUAUCUGCACAAGCUUGGCAGAGAGAGGCCCAGAUAUGACUUUGACGACUUUGAUUCUGUGCCUCACAAGUACAUGUGAGAUUCCGAGGCUUGACAGCAACAACAUGAAUAGAGAUGCCCUUAUAAGUUUUGCUCCCAUUUGGAUCAUGUUUUUGGGGAAAAUGAUUGAACUAUUUACUAUAUCUACAGAAUAUAUCCAGCAUCUUGGCUAUGUUAUGAACAUGGUCGCUAUUUUGAUAUAGUUAUUCUCUUCCAGAAGUUGAUGUUCGCAGUUCGUUCAUUAUUAUGGCACUUGGAUCCUGUUUUGGCUUGUGUUUUUCUAUGAUGCAUCGUGAGAGACGGAUUUUGCUUUCGCUGUCAUGAAAUUGUGCUUGCUAUUGCCACUGGAAAUAUUUGACAUUUUAGGAAUGUAAAUUUGAUUCCUAUCUUUAUACACAAUAGUCUGUACUUAUCCA